AUGGAUGACGAUGACUCUAUGCAUAGACUGGAGGGGAGUGAUGCUCAAGACCAAGUUGGAGGACUGAUAGUGAAGAAAAAAAGUGCCGCUGCAGAACAUCAUAUAUUUCGGGCCCCUACCCCUCGAACGUCUCUGCUGGGCUUGGAUCUACUGGCGGCCCAGAAAAGAAAAGAAAGGGAGAGUAAAGAGCAGAAUGAUGGCGAGGACGGAGCCAGAAAAAAAUCCAGGGUUUCAUCUUACAAAGACUGGGAGGAAAAUAAAAGUGACUCUGGUUCCGAUGAUGAAGAUGUAGAGGAUAGUGGACAAGAUAAAAAGGAGAAUAGAAAAUACCGUACAAGUGGCUCAGAGACGCCUUCCAGUCCCGGAGGAGUGAGUGAAGAGUUUCGCCGCCGAUACGAGCAGAGGGAAAAAGACAGACGUGAGCAGGGUGUCUACGUUUCCUCCAAAGAUGACCGCAACAGAGACAAAGACAAGCGAAGGGACCGACGAAGUGAAAGAGAUACCCGAGAGGGCAGCCGCUUGGAGCGUUCACACCGCAGUGAGAGAAGCGAGCGCUCGCAGAGAGACGGUUGGUUGGAUCGCAUCAGUCGGGGUAGCAAGCGGGAUGAACCACAAACACCACAACAACGCCCCAGAGAUGGUUCUACGCCUUCCCGCUCUAACUGGGAAGAAGACGACAGUGGUUAUGCCAGUUCCCGGCAUUCCCAUUGGGAGUCUCCUUCCCCCGCUCCUUCUCAAAGAGAAUCGGAUCGCUCAGAACGGAGUCGGCACACGGGCCGAGAAAGCCAGAGAAGAGACAGAUCAGUGAAAGGAAACUAUGCUGCCGACACACCCCUGCCCACUCCGUCGUACAAGUACAACGAGUGGGCCAAUGACAGAAAGCAUUUAGGAUCCACACCUCGUUUGUCUCAAGGAAAAGGUAAAAAAGAAGGCGGGACUGGAAUUACGUUUGACAAUGAGGAUGAGAAAGAGCAGUGGGAAGAAGAUCAGAAGCAAGCCGACAGAGACUGGUACAUGAUGGACGAAGGCUAUGAUGAGUUCCACAACCCCUUCACUUCCACGUCGGAAGACUAUGUUAAGAAGAGAGAGCAGAUUCUUCAGAAGCAAACUCAGAAACGAAUAUCCGCUCAAAAACGUCAAAUCAACGAGGACAAUGAGCGUUGGGAGACCAACCGUAUGUUGACUAGUGGCGUGGUGCAGAGGUUGGAGGUGGAUGAAGACUUUGAGGAGGACAAUGCGACAAAGGUUCACCUGCUGGUUCACAAUUUGGUUCCUCCCUUCCUUGAUGGGAGAAUAGUAUUUACUAAGCAGCCAGAGCCCAUUAUCCCAGUGAAAGAUGCCACCUCUGACAUGGCCAUCAUCUCCCGCAAGGGCAGUCAGCUUGUUCGUAAGCAUCGUGAACAGAAAGAACGAAAAAAAGCACAGCACAAACAUUGGGAACUGGCAGGCACAAAGCUGGGGGACAUAAUGGGCAUCCAAAAGAAAGAAGACGAUGCUUUUGAAAGCCAAGAGGUUGGCGAGGAUGGCAAAGUAGACUACAAAGCAGAGCAGAAGUUUGCAGAUCACAUGAAAGAGAAGAGCGAGGCCAGCAGUGAGUUUGCCAAAAAGAAAAGCAUUCUGGAGCAAAGACAGUACCUACCAAUUUUUGCUGUGAGGCAGCAGCUUCUUAACAUCAUCAGGGACAACAGCAUCGUGAUUGUAGUUGGGGAAACGGGCAGUGGAAAAACCACGCAGCUGACCCAAUACCUCCACGAGGACGGCUACACCAGCUAUGGCAUGGUGGGGUGUACACAACCACGCAGAGUGGCCGCCAUGAGUGUUGCCAAGAGAGUCAGUGAGGAAAUAGGCACCAACCUAGGGGAAGAGGUUGGCUACGCAAUUCGUUUUGAGGACUGCACGUGUGAGAAAACCAUGAUCAAGUACAUGACGGACGGCAUCCUGCUCAGGGAGUCACUGAGGGAGUCCGACCUGGACCAUUACAGCGCUGUCAUCAUGGACGAAGCUCACGAGCGUUCCCUGAACACCGACGUGCUGUUCGGUCUGCUCCGUGAGGUUGUAUCUCGGCGCACGGACUUGAAACUCAUUGUUACUUCGGCGACAAUGGACUCGGACAAAUUUGCCUCAUUUUUUGGCAACGUACCCAUAUUUCACAUUCCGGGAAGAACAUUCCCAGUGGACAUAAUGUUUAGCAAGACUCCUCAGGAGGACUAUGUGGAGGCAGCAGUGAAACAGGCCCUGCAGAUCCACCUCAGUGGGUUGUUCGGGGACAUUCUCAUCUUCAUGCCUGGUCAGGAGGAUAUUGAGGUGACAUCUGAUCAGAUAGUGGAGCGACUGGAGGAAUUGGAUAAUGCUCCUGCUUUGGCUGUACUGCCAAUUUAUUCCCAGCUACCCUCUGACCUGCAGGCCAAAAUCUUCCAGAAGGCCCCAGACGGUGUUCGAAAAUGUAUCGUUGCGACAAACAUAGCAGAGACUUCCCUCACCGUGGAUGGUAUCAUGUUUGUUGUGGAUGCUGGAUAUUGCAAACUCAAGGUGUUCAAUCCUCGUAUUGGAAUGGAUGCUCUGCAAGUGUAUCCUAUAAGCCAAGCGAAUGCAAACCAGCGUGCUGGUAGAGCAGGUCGUACAGGACCAGGGCAGUGUUACAGGCUUUACACUCAGAGUGCCUAUAAGAAUGAGAUGCUGACCACCACCAUACCAGAGAUUCAGAGGACCAAUCUGGCUAAUGUGGUCCUGCUAUUAAAGUCGCUGGGUGUUCAGGAUUUGCUGCUUUUCCACUUCAUGGACCCGCCGCCUGAAGACAACAUGCUCAACUCCAUGUACCAGCUUUGGAUCCUGGGAGCGCUGGAUAAUACUGGUUCUCUGACGCCGACCGGUCGGAUGAUGGUGGAGUUUCCCCUCGACCCAGCGUUGUCCAAGAUGCUGAUUGUGUCCUGCGACAUGGGCUGCAGCGCUGACAUCCUCAUCAUCGUUUCCAUGCUCUCUGUGCCGGCCAUAUUUUACAGACCUAAGGGCCGUGAGGAAGAGAGUGACCAGGUCAGGGAAAAGUUCUCGGUGCCUGAGAGCGACCACCUGACAUACCUUAACGUCUACACGCAGUGGAAAAACAACAAUUAUUCCAGCAUCUGGUGCAACGAUCACUUCAUUCACACCAAGGCUAUGCGCAAGGUGCGUGAGGUGCGCUCCCAAUUAAAAGACAUCAUGGUGCAGCAGAGGAUGAACUUAAUGUCGUGUGGAUCAGACUGGGAUAUAAUUAGGAAGUGCAUAUGCGCCGCUUACUUCCACCAGGCUGCCAAGCUCAAGGGCAUUGGUGAAUACGUAAAUGUGAGGACAGGUAUGCCGUGUCACCUUCACCCCACCAGCUCCCUCUUUGGUAUGGGCUAUACUCCUGACUACAUCAUCUACCACGAGCUUGUAAUGACUACCAAGGAGUACAUGCAGUGUGUAACUGCAGCGGAUGGAGAGUGGCUGGCAGAAUUAGGGCCCAUGUUUUACAGCAUCAAACAUGCUGGGAGAAGCAGACAGGAAAACCGCCGGCGGGCCAAGGAAGAAAUCAACAACAUGGAAGAAGAGAUGGCUUUGGCUGAGCAGCAGCUACGAAGCCGUCGCGAGGAGAACGAGAGGAAGAACACCGGCAACGUGAAGUCGUUGAGAAUCUGCACGCCGGGGAGACGUGAAGAGGCCCCUAUGACACCCCGACGCACCCCUUCCCGAUUUGGACUGUAA